UUAGAACACCACUCGCGCUGUCACUAGUUGGUUCACACUUGACAAGGUGGAAGUUCCUGCAGCCACAGGACCAUCUCCAAGGUCUCCCCAUCCCAGUGCAGCCCAGCACAGGUCAUGUAGGAAGCUGACGCUUAAGCAACAAAUCAAGUACAUGGUAAGACAAGAGAUUAAAGCCCAAGGCUCAUCUGCUAAAAAUGGGAUCAGGGCUGAUUAGCAGGGUUUAGGAUGACGUACUGCAACUUUGUGGCUUGAUCACUCUGCUACUCACCUGGCUACCUCCUUUUUGCAGGAAAAGGAUCCACCUGGAAUAGCUGUGUAGCCCGCUAUCCUGUCAUUUUGGGGGGAUUUUAUGUGAAUAUUUGUUUUAUCAUCUUUGGUGGCAGACUCCUCUGUCCACCCAGCACUAUGGACUUUCCUGAUUUGAGGUUGGUCAGAAUGGAUAUGAAGAGGGGAACCCUUGCCAAAACACAUUCUACAGCUCCUUUCUGGAACGGAUUACAAUUUUCCAACUGAAACUCUCCACGGGAACAUUGUUGCCUAAAGGUCAACUGAGGUCUUAACUGUUACUGAAGAAAUAACAUUGAAAAAACUUGUUUUUACUAUUUUGUAUAUUCAAAUUUGUAUAUAUAUUUUUUUAUCCAAGUUUUGAUUUCGGGAAUAGUGUACACUCUGAGGUAAGCAUGGUGUUGAUGAAGGUAAAGUUUGACUUGCCGAAGCGGGUGAAGCUUGCCCAGGGCCUGUGGCUCAUGUACUGGCUAGCCGUGAUGACCGGCAUUCUGGUCUUCAGUCUGGGGUUGUUCUUUAAGAUCGAGCUCCGGAAGAGGAGUGAGAUGAUGGACAACAACGAGAGCCAUUUUGUGCCCAACCUGUUGAUUCUAGUUGGCCUGGCUGCUUGCGGGGUAAACGUUUUUGGCGGCAAGGUGUGCCACGACUCUCUGGAUGCUUUGAAGUUCGUCAAGUGGAAGCCCAUGGUCAAGGGCUACCUGAUGGGCUGCUUCGCUUUCAACAUCCUCCUGUUCUUCACAGCUCUGCUGUGCUUCUGCAUGCAGUUCCAGUUGUACUUUUCCCUGGCUGAGGGUCUGAAGAAUGGGAUCAAAUACUACAAGGAUACGGACACACCUGGGCGCUGCUUCAUGAAGAGGACACUGGACAUGACCCAGAUCGAGUUCCGCUGCUGUGGCAACAACAACUAUAGGGAUUGGUUUGAGGUCCAGUGGAUCAGCAACCGCUAUCUGGACUUCAGCAACGAUGAGGUCAAAGACCGUGUCCUGAGCAACGUGGAGGGGAAGUUCCUGAUGGAGAGUGUGCCGUUCAGCUGCUGCAACCCCGGCUCCCCCAGACCCUGCAUCCAGCACCAACUGACUAACAACUCAGCCCACUAUGACUACGACCACCACACCGAGGAGCUCAACAUCUGGACCCGGGGCUGCCGCGAGUCCCUGGUCGCCUACUACGGAGGCAUGAUGAACAGCAUCGGGGGCCUGAUGCUACUGUACAUCAUACUGGAGGCAGGAGUGAUGGUGGGCUUACAGUACCUGACCACUUCUCUGGAAACGAUGGCCGACCCAGAGAACCCGGAGAGUGAGAGCGAGGGCUGGCUCCUGGAGAAGAGUGUGAAGGAGACGGUGGCAGACGUCAUAGCAAAGAUCAAGGGUCUGGUCGGUGCAGGGAACCAUGUGGGGGAGGUUGAGGAGGGGGUGGCCACUGUGAGUUGAAAGGGUCUCACCCAAAGGGACUAUCGACGGGAGCUCAAAGAGAACUGGAAGGAGUGAGAGGAGAGACAUCUUUCUCGGUGAAACAACACAUACUCAAACAUACACACACAGACACAUCAAUGGACCCAUGCACACACCCUUUGAAAAGUGAACAACUAAACCAACUCCUCACAUGAAGGGAGAACUAAACUCAAAAAUGUGAAUGUACAGAUGAAGUCGGAAGUUUACAUACACCUUAGCCAAAUACUAAUAAUUUGUCUAAGGUGUAUGUCAAAUUAAAAAAAAAAGGUCAGUUAGGAUCACCACUUUAAUUUAAGAGUGUAAAAUGUCAGAAUAAUAGUCGAGAUAAUUAUUUAUUUCAGCUUUUAUUUCUUUCCCAGUGGAUCAGAAGUUUACCUACACAGGUUAUGUCGAUAUAGGACUCGUUUUACUGUGGAUAUAGAUACUUUUGUACCUGUUUCCUCCAGCAUCUUGACAAGGUCUUUUGCUGUUGUUCUGGGAUUGAUUUUCACUUUUCGCACCAAAGUACAUUCAUCUCUAGGAGACAGAACGCGUCUCCUUCCUGAAUGGUAUGAUGCCUGCGUGGUCCCUAGGUGUUUAUACUUGCGUACUAUUGUUUGUCCAGAUGAAUGUGGUACCUUCAGGCAUUUGGAAAUUGCUCCCAAGGAUGAACCAGACUUGUGGAGGUCUACAAUUUUCUUUCUGAGGUCUUGGCUGAUUUCUUUUGAUUUUCCCAUGAUGUUAAUUAAAGAGGUACUGAGUUUGAAGGUAGGCCUUGAAAUGCAUCCACAGGUACACCUCCAAUAGCCUAUCAGAAGCUUCUAGAGUCAUGACAUAAUUUUGCUGUUUAAAGGCACAGUCAAUUUAGUGUAUGUAAACUUCUGACCCACUGGAAUUGUGACACAGUGAAUUAUAAGUGAAAUAAUCUGUCUGUAAACAAUUGUUGGAAAAAUGACUUGUGUCAAGCACAAAGUAGAUGUCCUAACCGACUUGCCAAAACUAUAGUUUGUUCACAAGAAAUUUGUGGAUUGGUUGAAAAACGAGUUUUAAUGACUCCAACCUAAGUGUAUGUAAACUUCUGACUUCAAUUGUAUAUCCUGUCCAUAAUAAUUCUGUAUAUAUGUUAAUCAGAGUAUAUUUUUUAAAGAAAAAUAAUGAAAGAUAUAUUUGGGUUGUCAAAACAUCUGUACAUGAAUUUGGGCUUGUGAAUAUCUAGAAAAUGUAAUGAAACCUCCCCUCCCCGGGAAUCCUCUCCAUUAAAAAUGAUGGACCUACCCUGAAACAAUCAAGCCUAACAUAGUUGAUCUAUCCUCAUGUCUAAUAGUUUUACCCCCAUGUCCUUUUUACACUCCACAACUUGUGUUAAGUGGAUAUGCAACCCAAUAGCUACACAAAGAUAUGUGUUUUUGUCAAGUAUUCCAAAAAUGUUCUUAGUCUGCUCAAUUUAACUGCAUUUUCUAAUCCAAAACACAUUAUCAAUGCCUAAUUCCACCCGGUCAAUCGGUCACAUACGUUCCCUCACGGCAGCUUAAAUCGGGCAGCUGCGGAACCGGUGUCCUGGCUGUCCCUCCCAGCCCCCUCUCACACUGGCCCCUGGGGGCACAUAAACCCGGGCACUGUAGUGUCCCCAUACAGGUCCCUGCAGAGCAGCGCCACAUGCAUUUACAUCUAUUCAACACACACUUGAACAUUUAUUGGUUAUGUAUCAGUGUUGCUAUCUGGUUAUAUGUCUGCUUGUUGUAUGAGGCAGAUUAAACUCUGAGGGGCUAUAGUGGACUGACUGCCCAGAUGAGGUGCUAGAAGCACGUAUAAGAAGAAGGUUGUGUACUUUUUUUUUGAGAGUUAACAAUGAUCAGAUUGGCAGUUUAAAAUCAGCAUACCCUUUAUGGGCAGAUAGCGAUGCUGGUCAGUUUGCAGUGGAUACAAAAAGUCUUAUCAGUUGUCAUAUUUUUACUUUCUGUGUGAUCACGAUUUUCUUCCUUUGUAAUAUUGAGAGUUCAUCUUUUCUGUAAAUUCAGAUUUUGAGAUAUUGUGUAAGAUAAAAGAUAUAUAAAGAGAA